AUAACGCCUGCCCGAGCAUGCGAAUCGUCCCUCCUGAUCAGAGAACUUGCACUGCAUGUGUUCAUAAACUUGUGAAGGUAAUGAAUUUUUAACAGCAACUAGCAUUGAAGGGAAAGAUGAACAUCAUGGUCUCGAGCCGCCUAAGUUUCUUCAAGUUGUCUCUUUGUCUAGCUCUCACGUUGUGUUCGACGCGAUGUAUAGCGAGAGCCCCAUAUCAAGGCUGUCUUGUGGAGGAAAUAGGCCUCAAGCAGUGCUCAAAGCAAGACGAGGGGUCUAUAGAAACUUGCUGCAUCGCCCUUAAUGCGGUGAUUCGAGAAGGAUUUGACUGCUUCUGCUCACUGUUCACGUAUUCCGAGCCGCUCCUCAGGAAUGGAUUCUCGUUGCUAUCGUCGAACUGCUAUGUGUCGAUACCUCCUCUGGCCCUUUGUCAAGAUCGCGCUCUGCCGGUAGUGUUUCCACCGAUCACACCAGACGACAGCGAACUGUCUGCUGCUUUAGGAGGAGCCAACUCUGCAAACGUCGGAGUGCUCCAAAAUUCGAUGGCAGAUCAAAACAGUGCCAAGAAAUUGAAUGCAUUCGGGAAGCCAAGCGACGAGACAUCAGAUGGGGAAGACAAGCCCACAGAGCUGCUGUACAAUGUUGUGUUCCUGUUCUUGCUACUCAAGGUGUUAUGCUAUUGACAUCAUCCUAGCACAUGUUUCUGCUCUGUCUGUGCUAAUAUCAACUACGCCCAUCCAUCUAUGCUCGUUGAAGAAAGGCCUAUGUUAUGGACAAAACUAUUAGACCUAUCCGGACAUGUGUAUGAUCUAGGGACGAACACGGUUAAAAUGGGAUGGCAGCAACAAUGGGAUGAAUACAUAGAGGA